AUGACACUAAGGAUUUUAAGGGAAGUUGUUGAGGAUAUAGAAAAUAGAUUUAUUCUAUUUGCUGAGAGGAGUUUUGAGCAAGAAUAUCAUAAAGAAGACAUUGGCUUAGUUAGUUCCGGUUGUUUGAUUUGCCUCAUUUGGAGAGGGAUUAUCUAUCUUGCCAACGUUGGAAGUUCGCGUGCAGUACUUGGUUCAAUUGAGGCUAAUGGUUUAUCUCAGAAAUUAUGCGUGACUCAAUUGGUUAGACAUCAUAGUUGCGAAAAUCCGGAUAUUAGAAAUAAACUCCAUGCAAUGCAUCCAGGUGAUAACACUCUAUGUCAAUUUACUGAAGUGCAUCUUGUUCUUAAUUAUCAUGCGAACAAAGAUCCAUCCUGGACCGUUAAAGGCUUAAUCGAGACAAGCAGAUGUAUAGGAUAUGCUUACAUGAAGAAGGCAUUGUUUACUAUCGCAAGAUCAUUCGUAAACCCAAUGCGAGAACAGGUGAUAUUUGGAAGGCCUUUGUUGACCUCUGAACCAGAUGUUUGUUCAAAAGUGCUUAAAGACACUGACAGCCUCAUUAUAUUUGGAUCCAGUGGAUUUUGGAAAUUAAUCACAAACAAUUAUGCUGCUGAAAUUGUUAACAGUAGUCCUCGGGAUGAUAUCGCGAAAAUACUAGCAGUAAUUGCUAUAGAGAAGGGGGCUAGGAAAAAGAAAACUAAGUAUAGCGGCAUUGUUGAGAUUCCUAAGGGAGAACACGUUGAUGGUUGUUGGGGUGUGCAACUUCAGAGAUCUAGGCAUGUCUAUCACAAUGAUAUCACUGUGAUAGUUGUCUUUUUCGACAAUAGGCCAAGCAGUGUGAGGCCUGAGAUCAGUUGUUAUACAUGCAGUGAUUUUCCUUAUACAACUUCGGAGUUUACGCAUUUCUAUAAUAAUAAUAAUAUGAAGGUAUGA